AUGAGCAACCUGAAUGGAGCGAUGAGAAAAGCUCACUUUCGAGACAUUGAUGCUUGGGACGCUCUUAGGAAGCGUGAUCUUGAGUACGCCAUCAACCUCCUUGUCUCAGGCGAAUGGACUAUCAACGGCGUCAUAAAAGACGGUUGGGGCUCUUUGGACGCGAGAGUUGGUGGUGAAAGAUGUCACGAGACCGCCCUCCUGGCCUUGAUCCUUCGCCGCAUUGUCAUCACGUACCUAAGAGACAGCAAACUCCUGGAGACGUUUAAGGCACUCGUUACCGGGUAUCGCGCCGAGCACGCCCAAGACAAACGUUGGACCAAAGUUUUCAAGGUCCAAGAUAUUUAUGUUGAUGACUCUGACCGUUACAAACACAUCAUUAAAUCGAUAAUCAACUUCAUAGGUCCCGACUGGACAACGUUUAUUGGCUCUGCGCGGACACUUGCAUCAUUCAGUGUACUCAGCACUAUGGAGUGCGGUUUGAGUGUUUAUUACCGUCGUUUGGGAGAUGUCCUUGUCGCCACAAGCAAGGAACAACGUGCUGCUGGGAUGGGAGAAUAUUAUGAUGCCGAGUAUCCACUGCGUACAACAUUUACCCAUAUUUCUUUCAAGCUUAUUGAGAAGCUCUCUGCUGAAGUUUUGACAAAUGGGGUCCCAGAAAGCCCUUUUGGUGCACAGCCUCGGGCCUGGGAGACCCUUCCAGAACAAGCACGAGAGAUGUUCCACUUCUCAAAAGCCAACAAAAAAAACCCACGCCAUAAUGGCUGCUCUAUUAUCGUGGGAUCGUUCUCCGCCUCUAUGCAAAUCUUGAUUAGGCUCUGUUGGCAAUACAAGAUUCCGAUCACACUCUGCAUGCCCCGGUUACGAUAUGAGAAUGCUCCUGAUGGUGCAACGAGCAUGGCGACAUACAAGCUUACUUCGGCACCUGUUCGGACUUAUAUUUCUACCAAUGAGUCCGGCGGAAGCUUUAAAAUGGUGGACACUUCACGAGAGGGCAUUGAAGACGAGCCAUGCUGGAAGCUGGGUGGCUACAGCAUGUACCACCAAUCACAGCCUGGAACGCUUCUCUCCUCGGGUAAUGAUGGCGAAUAUAUCGAGGCGCUGGAUCAAUGUGACGUGGGUCAUUUGCUGUCUCUAUUUGGUUUUAUCUAUCGUGAAUAUCCACUGGAAACCGAAAACGGAGGCGUUGACCUUGUGGCGUUACGAAGCUCAAUAUGUGGAAGAACCGCGCAGUCUGCUGAGUUAAGUUUAGAGGGCAUCCACUCUGGUUGGGGCUUGAACUCAAUCAAUCAGGCGAACAACUUGGGCCUCCUCUCGCUCUCCAUUGCUUCCGAUAAGAUUGCUAGUCAGUGCAAUCUGAAGGAUACGGUUCUUGCACAUCAACGCAACAGCGCGGUGAGAUCGUCUUAUCGAAUGCAAUGCAAGCCGAUACCCUUCACUUUUGAUCACAUUGACAUUUCUACUCCAAGGCAUGAACAAGCCAAGUGGGCUGGUAUUCUUCGCAAACACCUAUCAACGACGGAGCCCAUGUAUGCAAAUCUUUUCGUGAUAGGCAAUACGUUUUAUGGUAUGAAGGACGAGGCAGAAGCCGAUAGACUCAUGCAGGUCAACAACGACCGUGAAAAGAUUGAAUCCUUACUUCAGCGACAUCCUGAACAUGAUGUUUUCUUAACAACGAAUCAUAAGGCCAAACUAACGAGGAGUAAGGGGGAAACUAGGAAGAAAAAGGAUUCGUCUAGGAUUGCAGGAAAUGAAGUUUCUAAGCAUGUUCCAAAGUUCAUUGCACAAUGA